AUGGUUUGUCUUUUCUACAUCCAUCUCAAGACUUACACGCAGAAAACGAACUCGUCGGACGGGACGGACUACGUCGCACCAAAGAAUUGGAGAAGGUCGUACAGCAGUCUGUUUGUCUCGGUGAACUCGCAACAGUUCGCACACCCCACACGCAGAAAUACGGCGUCGCAAAGGACGUCACCUCACGAAAUUCGAGAGCGCCCAUUAUUUCUCCCUUGUGUCGAAACAUGCUUCCAACUUAUUCCAAAGUUUAAUAAGUCGCAAAAGGAACUCGAACGCGACGACGCCGCGACGAAGAGAGGCGGUCUCAAUUUAGAGGAAAUUCUUGCGAUCAUCAUGUAUGCGGAUUCUACACAAGUCGUCAUCAAUUUGCGGAUGGUUAGUAAACACGUCUACUCUGCUUUCAGACACAUGAAGACUAACCCAUUUUAUAGCGAGAAAAAGCUCAAUAAAUCGGCGAAUGUCAAGAAGCGGAUCGUCAAUGCACGCAAGGACGUACUCCUCUUCAGAAAUUUGAAGUGUUUGAAAGGACAACUUGAAACGUUCCAGACCAUCAAAGACGCCAAAUUACAGGACUACAAGAGUUUUGUUGUCAUCAACGAUUUUUCAAGUGUCGACAACAACAUCUUCAACAGCAUUAAGUCGAGAAUUAUAGACUUGACGCUUGUCAUAUACCCAGAAAUAGAAAUCAAUUUUGAGGGACUCACUGCACUGAAAACACUGAAGAUUGAUUUUAAUAACAAUGAGGUGACAACAGCGUCACAACAACUCCUCAAAAACAUCGAACUCUUGAAGAAGAAUAUUUACUUUAAAGAAUUGUUUGUCCGAUGCAACGGGAAAUAUGCGGCGUCGUUGGGGAAGAUGCUGAAGUCGAUGAAAUUGGUGAAACAACAAAUUGUCGUCCGGUUUGAUCGGAUUAGUGAGAACGAAUGCGUCAAAUUUUUGUCGCACCGAACUGGCGCGAUAGUGUUAGUGAUGAGAAACGAUUUGGACAACUCGAUAUUGUCCAACUCGGUGCAAAUUAUUCCAGACAACGAGGGGGUCUAUCACAUCUCGAGUUCACUUGUUCUUAGAAAAAGGUUUCUUGCUGAUUUUGUGAAGAAGAAUUGUCCGAGUAGUGUGAGUGUCUGUGGGAAAUGCGAAUGUUCCGUCGACAAAAUCGACAUGACGACGUGCACAACGUUAACAGCUUUGACUCUCAAUGAGUGUAAAUUUAGUGACGAAUGUGCGCUGUUAUUGCCAACGAGUGUAGUGUCCUUUGGAAUGGUAAAUAUCGACUAUGUUGGACUGUCCAAUUUGGUACACGUCGAUGUUAAACAAUUAGAAUUUGUGAGUUGUAACACAUUAUCAUCGCUGACCAUCCCCCCUUCUGUGACUUCGUUGUCGAUUGAUAAGUGUAUUUCACUUUCGUCAAUCGACAAUUUGAAUAAGGCGAAUGUCCACUUCAUUAAAAUAGCCGGGUGCUCCAACGUCAGAAAUUUGAAUAUCCCAACGACGUUGGAGUCGUUGUCUAUCAACGAUUGUAAGAAAAUCACACAUUUACUGAACUUGGAAAAUGCACCGAUGCGCGAUUUGAAUAUCAAAUACUGCGGGCGGUUAUCGGUGAUCAAUUUGCCACAAACGUUGACAUUGUUGCACAUUUCAAACUGUGAAAAGUUGGUUGAGUUGAUGAAUUUCUCCGAGAUCAAAUUACUCGACUUUGAAUCUUCUGGCCCAUUUAAUGUGGACAACCUCGUCUUUCCAAAGUCUAUGACACAUUUGGAGUUCGGCGACUAUGAAGCUAAAAACACGACAACACUCACCAAUUUGACUGAUUUGAACGAUUUGAAGGUACUCACAAUUACCAACGCAAAAUUUUUAGAAAUGUUGGCUUUUCCACCAAAUUUGACUGGUCUGAUUUUGCACGAAUGUCACACACUCACAUUCUAUCCAAACUUGAUGGAACUCAAUCUCCAGUUCAUGGACAUCACACACUGUGACGCAUUGACGUGUUUGAGCUUCCCUACUACCCUCACAAAGAUGAAUAUUUCAAACUGCCAACACGUGACUGAAUUCCCAAAUUUGGAGGAAAUGACAAACUUGAAGGAGCUGGACAUCGACCAAUGCUCGUCUUUGGAAGUCGUUUACUUCCCCCUUUCAAUCACGAAACUGAAGGUCACGAAGUGUAAGAAUUUGCUUGAUCUUCCAAACAUCCACGAGUUGAAUAUCCCAUUCAAACACUUGUUGCCAUUCUAUUACAACUUGAAAACCCCAUUAAUACCAACUACACUAUCUGAUAUUCUGAUUGAGGCGUGGGAGUGCGUUUCUUUACCAAAUUUGGAGUGUCUCCAUUUGCUCGAUUUGCAGAUCACGAAUUGUUCGUUUAUCACUUCACUGAGCUGUCCAACGACGGUCACAUUUUUGGAGAUGAACGGAUGCAAGGCAAUUUCUAAGAUUUGCAACUUGCCGAAACUCAAAAUUCAAAUAUUGAAAAUCUGUUACUGCUCUUCACUGAAAUCGUUGAAGCUGCCAACUACAGUCUCAAAGUUGGUGAUGUACGACGACACAAACAUCUCAAUUUCUAAUAGCAAAAAGCUUCCAUUGAAAUCCCUCUAUAUGGAAAGUUUGGAGAAUUUAAAAAGUAUAGCACUCCCGACGACUUUAACGAAACUCGAGAUUAAAGAAUGCACUGCAAUCACUUCAUUGCCUGGAAUAGCAUCAGCACAAAUAGAAGAGAUGCACCUCUUCUUGUUCAAACGAUUGAAAACACUUGAGCUGCCCACGACGGUAACAAAACUCAUAUUGGACUCGUUCAAGAUGUUGACAUCCCUUGACAACUUGGAGAAGAUCUCAAUGAGCUCUUUGAAGAUCUCGGGAAUGAAGAAAAUACAGAAACUCAAAUUUCCAAGUCACUUGACAAAGCUCGAGAUGUGCAGUUGUUCGAGUUUGAAAACACUUCAAAUUAGUAACUUACCAUUGGCAGAGCUAUCACUCUUUAUGUUGGACGGUAUGAAAAGCGUUGAGCUGCCCACUGGAAUAUCAAAGCUGCGAAUCGACAGUUGUCCGAUAUUCACUUUAUCGUCUUUGGCAAAUUUGAAGGGGCUCAAACUCCUAGAGAUGAUACGAAGUCCAAUGGUGGAGACUGUUGUGUUGCCCGAGACAAUCAACGAGUUGAGCAUUACGGAGUGUGGUGGGUUAAAAGCGCUUCCUGGGUUGGAGAAGCUGAAACUCAAUUCGGACACGUUACUACAAAUCUCUUUGACUUUGGAGUCCCCUAUUUUAACACAAAAAAUGAUGGAGGGAACAAUCAAAAAGGGCAACUUAGAGAUCAAAGGAUGGAAGUGUAAGAACUUAAAUUCGAUUGAAUCAAUUGACGCAAAGAAAGUGGUUGUAACGCAGUGCGACCAACUUUCAAGCAUCGAGUUUGGAAAGAAAAUAACAGAACUGGAGAUCAGUGACUGCACUGCGUUGGUUCAUGUUGGAAUCGACGACGGUGGGCUGACACUUUUCAACUUGAAAAAUUGUAUUAAACUGAGUGAAUGCUCGUUUCCAUCGACUUUAAAAACACUACGUCUCCACACAUGUGGCGAUUUGUAUAAGAUCGAUGUCAGUCGAGCGACCGAUUUGACGAGAAUCGACGCGACACAGUGUAACCAUUUACAAGUGAUUUGCGCACCACAAUCGCUCAAAAUCAUCACUGUGGAUAACUGCGACAACUUCGAGAAGAUCGACAACUUUAAGGAGUCAGGGACGCUCGAAUGUUUCAUCAACGAGUGCGACUGCAUCGAACAGAUUUCGCCACCGACAUGCAUCACAAAGCUGAGUAUUCAGAAGUGUUACUCUCUCAAUACUGUUGUGGAUAUCGACAGUCUUGUGAAUUUACCAAGGGAUAUUGUGCGGUCCUUCAAAAUUUUGUCCAAAAAGUAA